AUGGUUCAAACAAACGGCUCGCAGGUUGCCGAUGGCCUCCCAGGGUCCAUUGAGACUCGUCUCUUUAUUAACAGCGAGUUCCGGUCAUCUUCAGAUGGGAAAACGUUCGGUUUGAUCAACCCAUUCACGCGAAAGACAAUUGCAGAAGCGGAUCUUAUUCGCAAACACCACGAUGAGUUCGCUAGAUUGGAGAGUCUGUCCACGGGAAAGCCUGUCUCAGCAUACUUUGAUGGUGCCUUCGCAGCAGACACCUUCGCCUAUUUCGCCGAGGCCGGGUGGACAGCUCAAGGAACAUCCUCAUUGAAUACUCCUGGCAGCUUUAACUUAACCCUUAAACAGCCGUACGGCGUGAUUGCGGCCAUUAUCCCCUGGAACGUCCCGUUGGCCUUUUUCGCCUUCAAGGUUGCCCCGGCCCUAGCUGCUGGAAACACAGUAGUGUUGAAAAGCAGCGAGAAAGCACCACUAACGUCUGCUCUGGCGGCUAGACUAAUCGCCGAAAUCGGCUUCCCACCAGGCGUUAUAAACGUGCUUUCUGGGUACGGUCAACCAGCUGGGAGUACCUUAGCAUCUCACAUGGAUGUACGUUGCAUCAGCUUUACUGGAUCUUCGUUCACCGGCCAGAAGAUCCAGGCGGCGGCAGCAGCAUCAAACAUGAAAGUCGUCCAUAUGGAGCUCGGCGGGAAGUCGCCGGCUAUCAUAUAUGAUGACGCCGAUCUAGACAGUGCCGCACAGCAGACACAGUUCAGUGUUCAGAUUCAGAGCGGCCAGACUUGCAUGGCCAACUCUCGGAUCUAUGUCCAGGAGACCGUGGCUGAGAAGUUCCUGGCUCUUUUCAAGGAGAAAUUCGGCGCCGGUGCUAUCCUUGGGAACCCCUUGGAACCAACCACGUCUCACGGACCGCAAGUCGAUGAGAAACAAUACGAACGUGUCAAGUCGUACAUUUCCCUUGGAGAGAAGGACGGCAAGAUGAGUAUGGGAGGUGAUGGGGGAGACGGGUACUUUAUCAAACCGACCGUUUUUGAGAACAUGCCGGAGGACUCGCGUAUUGUUAAAGAGGAAGUGUUUGGUCCAGUUGUCGUUAUCAACACCUUUAAGACGGAAGAUGAGGCUAUUCAGAAGGCGAAUAACUCCGAGUUUGGACUUUAUGCUUCUGUCUUCACGAAAGAUCUUGAGCGCGCGGUGCGUGCGUCCAAGCUGCUAGAGGCUGGCACUGUUGGGGUUAACUGCACAAGCCCUAAUAUCGCCAAGGACAUGCCAUUCGGUGGAUACAAGAUGAGUGGCGUCGGCCGUGAAGGGUUCCUGCAUAGUCUGGACAACUUCCUCGAGACCAAGACGGUCUUGAUCAAGAUGAACUCGUGA